AUGAGCGUCAAAGACGCAAAGGUGGAGCAGCCCACUGUGGAGAAAGAUGUGAUGCUGGGUGAGGUCCACGACAUCGGAGCCGAUCUAUAUGUCGAGGCGGAGCAGUUAUCAACCGAGGAACUGGAGCGUGAGGGUGCACAGGUGCUGCGAAUUCUUGAUUGGCGAAUCAUGCCCAUUCUCUAUGUCACCUAUGUGAUUCAAUUUCUCGAUAAACUAUCUCUCAAUUAUGCAUCUGCAUACACCCUCAUUCCUGACCUUGGUCUUGAAGGCCAAAAAUACUCCUGGGUUGCAGCUAUUUUCAAUUUUGGGUACCUUUUCUGGGCAAUACCCGCAAAUCUCUUGAUCCAAAAGCUGCCUGUUGCCAAGUAUAUGGGAGGAAUGCUUCUUCUAUGGAGUGUGAUUGUCAUCGCCCAUAUCGGCGCAAAGAACUAUGCAGGCAUUCUCGUGCUCAGAUUCCUGCUAGGCAUGGCCGAGGCAGGUGUGAGUCCGUGCAUGAUGGUCAUCACUUCCAUGUUUUAUAAACGCUCCGAGCAGCCCCUACGCAUGGCCAUCUGGCUAAGCGCCAAUGGUAUGGCAACCAUGGUUGGGGCCCUCCUUGGGUUUGGCUUAGGCCAUUCGCACAACACGUCACUCCAUAGUUGGCAGCUAAUCUUUCUAACUAUCGGGCUACUUAAUUUUGUCUGUGGGGGAGUGUUUCUAGCCCUGAUGCCAGACUCGCCCAGCUCUGCCCGAUUUUUGACCCAUCGCCAACGAGUUGUCGCAGUUCGACGUGUGGCAGAAAACAUGAUCGGAGUCAAAAAUCGACAAAUUAAGCUGAAGCAAGCCGUGGAAAAUCUGUAUGACAUCAAAGUGCUCUGCUGUGCAGGGAUUGCCAUAGCCUGCGGGGUUAUCAAUGGUGGUGUAUCGAAUUUUGCCUCAUCUCUGAUUAAAGGGUUUGGAUUCAGCGGAAUCUAUGCUACACUCUUGCAGCUGCCAACAGGCGCCAUUGAGGCAGCCAUAGUUCCAGUGUGUGGGCUUGUCGCAACCUAUGUACCCAAUUCACGCUGCAUCGUUCUGGCCGUCGUGAGUUUGAUUCCAUUCGGUGGUCUCUUGGGUAUCCGAUUCACCAGUCUCGACCAUCGAUGGACGCUUGUCGGAUGCACUUGGUUGCAAUACAUCAUCGGAGCUCCAGUCAUUGUCUCCUGGAAUUUACUUUCUACCAAUGUGGCUGGGCACACCAAGCGUGCCAUCGCGAACGGAAUUUGGUUCACUCUGUACGCUGCCGGAAAUGUCGCCGGGGCAAAUAUAUUCUUUUCGAGAGAAGCACCACGCUACUAUUCUGCUAUCACUGGCCUGCUGGUUUGUUAUGCAGGAAUUAUUAUCUUGUCAGCUGUCGCAUAUGUCAGUAUGAGGUGGGAGAAUGCCCGAAGAGAUAGUGCUAUAGCUGGAAGAAUAGACGAGAGUACAGAUGGAAUGCCAGAAGAGAUGGCAGCCCAGGCAAUUAGAGAUGGGUUUAAAGAUAUGACAGAUAUGGAGUCGAAGCAUUUCCGAUAUGCGCUAUGA